CUCACGCUUAAAACUGUUGGUGAUGCUGUCAGUUCAUAUGGCUAACGCUACGGUACAGUACCUUGUUAAACAGUAAAGAGAUGUGGCAGCUCAAGGACAGUGCAGAGUUUUAUCAGGAGCAAUUCCCUCUGCAUGCAUAGUCUCCAUUUUACGGAAUAUGACAAUUCAUGGAGUCGUUUGAGAGCCAUGCGUUUUCUCCUACAGUUGGCAGGCAGGUAUUUUCCUACAGCCAGGCGUCGCACUGGAAACGCAUUAUUUCAUUAGGCACCACGGCUGGCUGGUGAUUUUGCAUGGGUGCUAGCUAACUAGUGGACAACACUCAUGUUUGCAUUUUUGCGUAGAAGCAACAUUGUCAUUAUCAGGCAGUGUCUAAGGCCUUCGUUUUGAUUUCAUGAAAUGUCUUUGCCCACCUCAUGGGGAGGGGGGUGGGGUGGUGGGACACGCACGUCCCUCCGUAAGUCUCAACUUCCAGACAUGAACUCUUAAAUGACUGUUACGUGUUAGGUGAUAUUUCCGUAAUCGGUGUACAAUGAAAAUGCGGAGACAAGUGACAUUUAUUUAUAAACUCCUCAUUCACUCGGCGCCUGGCUUACGGUCGUAGUGUACCGUUUAUCCUGCGGCUGGGUUUUUAGGCAAUUAACAGAAACUUAACGUGUAGACUCUGAGGCAAGACAAACAAUGUGGACCGGGUCUUAAGACAGAGGACCAACUCAAGACUGUCACACCACACCGGCUGUGUGUCACUGAGGACGAAGCUGAGAGUGUUAACCCACGCCAACCCUCAGACUCCACAGCUCCUCCUCACCAGUGGACACUGAACGAGCUUUUCUACACACUCUUCGUACGUGAGGACGUCCAGGCUCUGUGUCCACCCGUCUGACGGUCAGUUUGUUAGAGGCUUUGGGGACCAGCAUUGAAUCAGCCAUGACAAGGCACUUCUGAAGUCUGUCAUCUCUUCAGCUAAUGGAUGUUUUUUUGAUGUGAAUCCAGGCUGAAGUAAUGCACAACUUCAUGUCCAGAAUGUGUUAAAAUCAAGGGUUCUCAAAUCCAGUUUUCAGAUCAAGGACCCUUAAAUUACUGCACAUACAGACAUGACAACAGGGGACCUCAUCUGAGCCUCUUGUGGAUUACUGUUGGUACUGUCAUCUGGGACAGAGACUCCUGGAAUCACAUUAUUUCAUAUUUGUUUUCCCCCUUCACUUUGUUGAGCACAGACCCCUGGAUACACACUGAGAGGCCUCCUGAUAGUCCUUAGACUCCACUUUGAGAUUCACAGGUAAAAGUUCUUUCCCUCCAAGAAAGAACUUUUUGACCAUGCACUGAAGACUGAGCUGGAAGCCUUACCGAGGGUCAAGCACUACACUGAGUCAGCCAUGCCUAUCAGAAAAAAAGACACAGCUCGAGCCUUGGGGCUUUUAGAGGAGUACUGCACUAAACUGAGGAAGCUGGAAGAGCAGCAGCUCAAAACUGCCAUUCAGAGGGUGAUGGGGAUUUUCAAAAGCAACCUGUUUGAAGCUCUUCUUGAUAUCCAGGAGUUCUAUGAAGUGACACUGCUAAACACACAGAAGAGCUGCGAGCAAAAGCUUGAGGAGGUCAAUCACAUGGCGGACAAGUGGGAGAAGAGUGUUUCUAUACAAAACUCUGAGCUCACACACGUGGCCUGUCUAGUGGAAGAGCAGAGGGAGCAGAGCAGCUCAGAUCCCAGCGGGACAGAGCAGGGAGAGAGCAGUGCCAAGACGUCUGAGAACAGGCCACCAGCAGUACAGGGGUCACCCCACAACGGCCAGCCCCCACCAUGCAUGAACCCUGCCUUGAUGAACGCUCCCUUGCAGUACCACUACCACGAAGAAGACUCGCCGCCUCUUGACCAGGGAUUCCCACAGCUUCCCAACGAAGUGUGCUCCCCCGAGCUCGUGCACGUGUCCGAGAAGAACCUGUCUGAGAUUGAAAAUGUGCAUGGCUACGUGUCCCAUUCCCACAUCUCUCCUCUCAAGCCUGCACUGGUUACCCGUUUUGAUCUUGCAUACCCGAGUGUGACCACAGCAAACUACAUGGCCAGCCCUGCCCCAAUAAUUGUCAACACAGACACUUUGGAGUCAGUUCCUUAUGUCAACGGCACAGAAAUUGAAUAUGAGUUUGAGGAAAUCACUCUGGAGCGGGGUAACUCAGGGCUAGGAUUUAGCAUUGCCGGAGGGACAGAUAACCCACACAUCGGUGAAGACCCUGGCAUCUUCAUCACUAAGAUCAUCCCUGGAGGUGCUGCAGCAGAGGAUGGACGCCUGAGAGUAAAUGACUGCAUCCUGCGGGUGAAUGAUGCAGAUGUGUCUGAAGUAUCUCAUAGUAAGGCAGUGGAGGCCCUGAAAGUUGCAGGUUCUAUUGUCCGACUAUACGUGCGACGCCGCAGGCCGAUGCUAGAGACCAUCAUUGAGAUCAAACUCAUCAAAGGACCAAAAGGGCUUGGCUUCAGUAUCGCAGGUGGAGUUGGAAACCAGCACAUCCCGGGUGACAACAGCAUAUACGUCACCAAAAUCAUUGAUGGUGGGGCAGCACAGAAGGACAGCCGGCUACAAGUUGGAGACAGAUUAUUAAUGGUGAACAACUACAGUCUGGAGGAAGUGUCUCAUGAAGAGGCUGUGGCCAUUUUGAAGAACACAUCGGACGUGGUCUACCUAAAGGUGGGAAAGCCCACCAAUGUCUACCUGUCAGAUCCCUAUGGGCCUCCCGAUAUCACACACUCUUUCUCUCCAGCCAUGGAAAAUCAUAUCUCUUCUCCCAUCAAUAGUGGCACUCUGGAGUACAAGUCUGGUCUCCCCUCCAUUUCCCCUGGGAGUUAUUCCCCACUUCCAAAGCACUUACUAGGGGAAGAGGAUAUAAACAGGUUGGAUGGUUUUUCCUUCUUACGAAAUCCUUCGCUAGAUGAUGGGGAGGGUCACAGGUUUGAUUCCCAGCACUUCCAGUUAAGGCCUCCUGAGCCAGUUUACAGCACUGUGAACAAACUAUGUGACAAAGCACCCUCCCCCCGACACUAUUCCCCAGUGGAGUUUGACAAAAGCAUCCUCCACUCCGCCCCCCUCCCAAACUAUCACUUAAGCCUGUUCCCUGACUCGGACAUCACCAGGGAACCCAGGAAGGUCGUGCUCCACAAAGGCUCCACAGGCCUUGGCUUCAAUAUCGUGGGCGGUGAAGAUGGCGAGGGAAUCUUUGUCUCCUUCAUCCUGGCUGGAGGGCCUGCCGACCUGAGUGGAGAGCUGCGGCGAGGCGAUCAGAUCUUAUCGGUAAAUGGCAUUGACCUACGAGGAGCCACACAUGAACAAGCAGCAGCAGCACUGAAAGGAGCGGGACAGGUGGUCACCAUCAUUGCCCAGUACAGACCAGAAGAACUUGCUCUAUGCUCACCACGACGGGCCCACUCUCCUGCACCAGAAUAUGGGCGUUUUGAGGCCAAAAUCCAUGACCUGCGGGAACAGAUGAUGAACCACAGCAUGAGCUCUGGGUCGGGAUCCCUGCGAACCAAUCAGAAGAGGUCGCUCUAUGUGAGGGCACUGUUUGACUAUGAGAGGUCAAAGGACAGCGGCCUCCCCAGCCAGGGGCUCAGCUUCAGGUACGGGGACAUCCUCCACGUCAUCAAUGCCUCGGAUGAUGAGUGGUGGCAGGCCCGCCGUGUCACUCCGCAUGGGGACAGUGAGGAAAUGGGUGUCAUCCCCAGCAAGAGACGCGUGGAGAGGAAAGAGCGGGCACGUCUAAAGACGGUAAAAUUCAAUGCCAAGCCCGGGUCGUUUGAUUCAAAAAGGUCAUUCAAUGACAAACGUAAAAAGAAUUUCAUCUUUACACGAAAGUUCCCAUUCUACAAGAACAAAGAGGGUGAGCAGGAUGGCAGUGAUUCGGACCGGAGUCAAGAGGACGUGAUUCUCUCAUAUGAACCUGUGCUGCGGCAAGAAAUUACUUACGCCAGGCCCAUCAUAAUCCUCGGACCAAUGAAGGACAGAAUCAACGAUGAUCUGAUAUCAGAGUUCCCGGACAAGUUCGGGUCUUGUGUGCCACAUACCACUCGGCCGAAGAGGGACUACGAGGUAGAUGGGCGAGACUACCACUUUGUGAUGUCAAGAGAGCAGAUGGAGAAGGACAUCCAAGAGCACAAGUUCAUUGAGGCGGGACAGUACAACGAUAAUCUUUAUGGAACAAGUGUCCAAUCUGUGAAAUAUGUGGCUGAAAGGGGUAAACACUGCAUUCUGGAUGUGUCUGGAAAUGCUAUCAAACGACUACAAGUAGCACAACUCUAUCCCAUCGCCAUCUUCAUAAAACCUAAGUCUAUUGAUUCAUUAAUGGACAUGAAUAAGAGACUGACAGAGGAACAAGCCAGGAAAAUAUUUGACAGGGCAAUGAAACUGGAGCAGGAGUUUGGUGAAUUCUUCACAGCCCUGGUUCAAGGAGACAACUUAGAGGACAUUUAUAACCACUGCAAACAGGUCAUAGAGGAACAUUCAGGACCCUAUAUCUGGAUCCCCUCAAAGGAGAAACUAUAAUAACUCAUCACUCUGGAAGGGAGUCUGGACUGUUAGAAACUAGUAAUAAGUUGUAACAUAUGUUAACGGUAUGGCGAUGAAUAGUCUUCAUAAAUAAUUAUUCUGAAUAUGUUUUAUAUUUUAUUUUAUUUUCUCUUUUGUUUGGUUAUUGCUUCGUUUUUCACUCAACAUGAAUGUUGCUGAAUGUAAACCGCAAAGUGUUAGGAAAUUUUAGGUCUUGAAACAUGAACUGUUUGUAUAUUUGCGUAUUUUUCUUUGAACAAAAAGGAACAGAAAUGUAAUGGAAACUAAAUAAAUGUGGGUAUGUGUCCAUAUCGGCACUGUGUUAAAUUUCAAGCAGGAAACUGGAGGUGGUUUAUACAUCAUACACAUCGGAGAUGUCUUUGCUUUGCUAACGUAGGAAGGAAAAUAGGUAUUCCAACUCCAACACCCCCACCCUCCCUUCACAUUGCAUCAACUAGCAAGUAAUCAUAUGAACUUCAAUGCUAUGUCUGAUUUUGCAUCUGUGCAUCCCCUGAACACCGCUGUCUUUGUUUACACUGUCAUUUCUUCUGUGAAUCACUGUAUUUAUUUAUUUGACAUGACAUUGAGGAUGUGUGAGGAAAAUAUUUUAUUCACUGUAAAAUUUAAAAUUUUUACUCAUUUAAAAGCAGGCAUUACUUAUUCAGUUGUUGCAUUGACAAUGAUAAGUAAAGGGAGAAAGCUGCUAUCCGCAAUGGAGAUGUAACACUAUAUUUUGCUACUUAAAUUGCUAGAGGGCACAAAAGCACAGAAUUAUUUAUUAUUAAAAAUAUAAAUUUGAUUAAAUGGUCAUUUACAGAGCAUAUUUUAUUUGAGUGAUGUAGUAUGUUGUGACUGUAUAAGGAUGGAUGGGAAUUUAAUGGUGAAAAAGAUUUGAUGUUCCAGUAUUUUGUAGACUUGUAGAGAAGAGACAGUAGUCAAAAUAGUGAAUUUAAUACUGAAACACGUUUAGGUCCUUUGAAAUUAACAGAAGGACAUUUACUUUUUAAGGUAUAAAAAUAUCUGGUAGAAAAGACAAAAACAGAAACGUCAGAACACAAAAGUAAAGUAAAAUCAUAAAUUAGACAAAAUGGAAAUACAUAUCAGAAUAUUCUGAGAAUAUUGAGAAAUGUUUGGUAAUAAUGAUUCAUUUAUAUUGAUUUAUAUUAUUUUUUUUUUAUAUUUAUAUUUUAUUAUAUUAUUAUUAUAUUAUAUAUUGAUGUUUUCCCACACUAUUUCCCUGUUGAGCUGCAGUGGAGGGACAGUGACAGGAGAAGGGAAUUUUAUACUAAAAAGACUUUGGAAAAUAUCCGCUUGAUUUGUAAGACUCCACUGCUGAAGCCUCACAUUACUUUCAUAUGAACUUUUGAACAGAUUUUUUUGCACAGGAUGGAGACUGUGGCUCUGGUACCCCAUCACUUACAUUGGAGGCACAUUAGGAAGAGAGAGCUCUUAAUAUCCACUAUGAACAGAAGUAAUGAUCACAACAAGAAGAAAUGGUUUCAGUGUUAAUAUGGUCACCUGACUAAUAUUUUAACACACACUUUUGUGAACCUGUCUUUUUAAUUGUUUGGUUGACAAUGUAACAAUUUGGUGAUACUGAUAAUGUACACAAAGUAAAUCCUAAAACAUCAGUAACAACCCUCAGGUGGCCCGUUAGUGAACCUUAGUGAUUACAUCUGUCUGCCUCUGGUUCAAACACCGAGUUGUAUAACAGUCGUGGCUGGCUACAAGCUCACUGAAGAGAUGUGUCUUAGCUGCAGAAACCAUUGUGUCAGGAUCCUGGAUCAGCCACAGAGAGACUGGAGACCUGAAUAAAGAUUUGGUUUAGAAGUGGACAAGCCCUGAUGAUCCUGAGCAGAUGACUCACCGACCCAGCACGAUACAGUAUAUCCACUAUAAAUAGUUUACUCACCAGUGGCUUGCCUUGUUUGAAAGGGCAUACAAUAUAGUACCUCGCUUUGUUAAAAAUAUAAAAUAAAAUCCCAUGAUGUACAUAAAGCUCUUGGAAUGACUAAUGCAUCUAACCAGUGUGAUGACCCUUCUGUUUUGUUUAACUGCAACACCAUUCGCUGUUAGUUUCCCCUUGAUAACAAUUUGUGAGUGAUAUGUAUUCUACUGUUAAUGCUAUUUGAUUUGUAGUGGCAAGUUUCACCCAACCUGUUACCAGGUAAAUAUAGUAAUUCCAUUAAUUGCAGGUAUGUUUCUAAUCAAUGGGAUGUUUCAAAAGUGCACUUAUUCAUUGUUUUUUUGUAACAAAAAUAGGCACUGUGUGAUGACAGUAAUGAAUACAACUUUUAAAGCAAAUAUAAAUCACAUCCAUUGAUUGUGUAAGACAGCACAGUGAAACCUGAGAAGACUGAACCUACUUGUAUGGACCACAUGCUGUACUUGUACUAGACUGAUGAGAAGCACUUAAAACACUCAAACAAGUGUUUUGAAGUAAAACUGCUGUUUUCAUGGAGACAUAAGAUCAUCUUUCUCUCCUCCCUCGUCAUAAAUUGGUUGAGAUUUGGAGCUGAUGAGAAAAAAACAUCUUCUCAGCUGUGAUACGUUUAGAUGAAAUCUAUGUUCCCUUUUAUUUUUCCAAUAUUGUUUUAAGAUAUCUGCCAUCAUUCUUUUGCAAAUCUUCCAUAACGUUAUUGGUCCACCACUUGCCUUAACAGAGUAGGUUUACUAUAUAUUAAAGAUGAAAGCUUAUAAAUGUACUUUUCCUUUGAGGAUAGAAACUCCCCCUUCACAUCUUAACUUCAGUGAAAGAGCUGAAUCAAAUCUAUAAGCUACAUGUCAUUGUGCUGAGGGUGUUGACGCCUUGUACCUCUAAAGUUCAAAGCUGAACAGAUUUUAUAUUUUAUUCUUGCACUUCUAUUGCAAGAAUAAAACAUUUUAAAAUGGUCAAUGAGACACUUCAGUAUCUUGGCCUUAUUAAGUGUUAUUGGCCAGCAAUAUGAUGACAUGUAAAAGGAAAUAUAUCCUCAUAUACUGGCUUGAAACUAAUGCUAAACUUAAUACAGUACUUCCAAAGUCAGUGUGAAAAUUGUAACACAUGAUAUUUUACAGGCCAGUGAGGAUGUUUGUGUAGAAAUGUAAAGGAUGUCUGACCUGUGCAUGUUGCAAGUCUUCUGUGUCCUGUGGAUGUGCAAUAUUCAACACAACUGAAGCAUUGAGGUACUUGCUGUGUUCUACGACAUGAUCAAACUGCAAACUUUGAUCAUUCAAUCAGACGUGUCCAUUUUAAACCCAAAUAAAACACUGUUGAGGUGGUGUCAAAGUAAUAUGUUUUAGUUAUCAUGUUAACGUGUUCAGGUGUUUUAAGUUGUAAACCCUAAAUUUAAAAUUCACAAUGAUGAUUUUCUCAUUACUGAACAUUAUUGACCCCUUUGAAAAUAUGAAUUAAAAAAUUUUUUAAAAAUC